GUGGCAGCAUGGGGUGUGCCAGCAGUACUCCACUUGUGGAAAGCGGGAAGAACCUGGUGGACGGCGCUAAGGAGUCGGUGAGCGAGACAGUUGUCAAAGGCGAGGAAGCGCUCCACGAUGUUGGGGAAACUGCCAAGGAGGGCAUAGAAACAGGAAUUCAACACGUGAAAGAAUCAGUGCAAACAGCGGCAAAUACAGCAGGGAAAGGAGUGGAAACGGCAGUGGACAAAAUAGGGGAAACAUUAAAUUUCACUUCUUCCAAAGUUAAAGAAUCUGUAGACACUUUAGACGAGAAGAAAGGUGAGCUUAUUGAAAACGCCUCGGAUGCAGCUGCCGAGGCAGUUUCGGAGGCCGAAACGGUUUUGGCAUCUGAAGCAGACAACGCUAAAGAAGAGUUCUUUUCUUCCAAAGACACGGUUUUUGAGAACGUCCACACCGUAAAGGAAGGAGUUGGUAAGAAAGCCAGUGACGUCAAGGAGAGUGUUACAGAGACAUUAGACGAUAUUGAAGAUGACAUUGUUGAGAAUUUUGAUAUGUUAGGGGACAGUGUCACCGAAGUGGGGCACAAAGUACAGGAAGAGUUGAAAAGUACCCCGAUACCAUCGCCUGUGAAGGAGAUUAAGAAGGAAAUUAAGAAGGAGGAACUUCCGCCUACAUUCUGGGAAGCAGCCGCUGAUGCAAUUUUACUUCGAGGAACUAUUAAGACCAUGGAAAUGGAACGGAAUUUUUUUACACAACCCGAUAAAUACGAAGGAGAUCCCGAACCUUUACACCACAACGAAACUAUGAUCAACAAAUUUUUGACGAAAGAUAACGAGAAUCAUCAGCCAUGAACAUAUAAAUAAAUAAACAAUAGUCCAAUACAGUAAAUUCGUUUAAUAUUAAUGUUGUUGCUUAUCUUAACUCUAAUCUCAAAUUAACUAAAGAAUAAGAUGAUAUUUAUUGAAUUUUAUUAGUGAUAUAUACAUAUAUAACUUAUAUAAAUAUUUAUAUUUUUAUAUUUAAUGAAUAGUAAUAGUAUACAAAUUUGAUUGUUGUUUGACUCGGAUUAUGUAUGUUUUUUAAUAAAUUAAUUGUGCAUUAAAGCUGGGUUUCAGUGGGUGUUUGCAAACUAGGCAGAAAUACUUUUGGCAUAUACAGGGCGUAACUUUAAGUGGGGAGUAUUUACACUGAGGCUACCUUUGACCUUUAGAAACACGUUUCAAUAGUUUAUUUUUUCAA